GCGCCGAGCGGCAGAGCGGGGCCGCCCGUGGGCCCGGCAGCAGCGGCCGCCCCCCUCCCCACCCUCCGGUCGGCGGCUGCGCCAUGGACGCGGAGGGCGCGCGCAGCUAUUCGCUGGAGCAAGUUCAAGCUUUCUAUUCAUUUCCAUUUCAACAAAUGAUGGCUGAAGCCCCUAACAUGGCAGUCACGACUGAAGCGCAGAUGCCGGCAGAAGCUCCUGCCCAGGAGGAGCCUGUACCAGAGGCUCCAAAAAGAAGGAAAAGGAAAACCAGAGCAUCAGAACCCAAGGACCCAGUGGAACCCAAAAAACCUGCUGAGUCAAAAAAAUCUGGCAAGUCCACAAAAUCAAAAGAGAAGCAAGAAAAAAUCACUGACACCUUUAAAGUGAAAAGAAAAGUGGACCGUUUCAACGGCGUUUCUGAAGCAGAGCUUCUGACCAAGACUCUCCCUGAUAUUUUGACCUUCAAUCUGGACAUUGUGAUCAUCGGCAUUAACCCAGGACUAAUGGCUGCUUACAAAGGACAUCAUUACCCUGGACCUGGAAACCAUUUCUGGAAGUGUCUGUUCAUGUCAGGGCUGAGUGAGGUUCAGCUGAAUCACAUGGACGACCACACCUUACCCGGGAAGUAUGGCAUCGGAUUCACCAACAUGGUGGAGAGGACAACUCCGGGCAGCAAGGAUCUGUCUAGUAAGGAAUUCCGGGAAGGAGGGCGAAUCCUAGUGCAGAAACUGCAGAAAUACCAGCCACGCAUAGCUGUGUUUAAUGGAAAAUGUAUCUAUGAAAUUUUCAGUAAAGAAGUGUUUGGAGUAAAGGUUAAGAACUUGGAAUUUGGGCUUCAGCCCCACAAGAUCCCUGACACAGAAACUCUCUGCUACGUCAUGCCAUCUUCCAGUGCCAGAUGUGCUCAGUUUCCUCGAGCCCAGGACAAAGUUCACUACUACAUUAAGCUGAAGGAUUUGCGGGAUCAGCUGAAGGGCAUUGAGCGGAGCACAGACGUCCAGGAGGUGCAGUACACGUUCGACCUGCAGCUGGCACAAGAGGACGCGAAGAAGAUGGCUGUUAAGGAAGAAAAGUAUGAUCCCGGCUAUGAAGCAGCGUAUGGCAGUGCUUACGGUGAAAACCCAUGUAAUAGUGAACCUCGCAGCUUUCCUUCAAAUGGGCUAACAGCCGACGGUGCGGAGCUGAGAGAAGAGGCCCCUGGUGACGUUCCAAAUGGGCAGUGGAUGGCACAGUCAUUUACAGACCCGAUCCCCUCUUUUAACAAUUGUGGGACCCACGAACAGGAAGAAGGAAGCCAUGCUUAACGACGGUGCUUCUCAGCUCUGCCUCAAUGCUGCAGUUUUAAUGCAGCUGGCAGGACCUCGAACCUCAGUUUCCUAACUAAAGAGUUAGUAUUCAUAGUACUUUACGCUAGUGGUGUAAUUAUACAUGGAGCAGUUACAUGGUAGGGUCAACUGUAUGAACCUAUGUAGUCUGGAAGGAAAAAAAUAGGGUGUUUUCUACCUGAGUUUUGUAUUUGAAUUACCCAUCAUCCCAGCUUUUUAUAUACUAUAUUUCAUUUAUGAAGAAACUGGUUUUCUUUGGGGAGUUACUUUGAUGUAAUUUUAAAACGCAACAGUCUGAAUAUUUAUAGUUGAUUCUUGACUGUCCAUACCUAUAUAUGCCAUUAUCCCUUUUAAUGCCUCAGAAGGGCAUGCUAAUAAGAAUCAAACUAGUAAAAGGCAGAUGUGCCGAUUUCCAUGUAAGAAGCUAACCAACCCUCAGUGGAGUCUGGUUAGUUUUGGAAGCUGGGGGUAAACUCAGAACUUCCUAGUCACACUCUCCAGAUGGUGUAUAUGGCAGUUGCUUAGUAAUAGAAUCAGAGUGUGGCCUGACCUGAUGGGCCUAAGCCCUGCCUUCGGCCUCCCACUCCUGUGUGCUGAUCCUCUCAGAGACAGAAACUGUUCUGAGCUGGUAGGUUCCUGAGAACGCACUAGACCUUUUACGUUUGCCAAUUGUGUAUUUUACUGAAUUUCCCCAUCAGUGUUUAUCACUGUUCUAAUUUUAUCCUUGACUGGAAAGUAGUAAGAAAUGAACUUUCAGGGACAGCAACAAGAUGCUGGAGGUGUUUGAUAAUUCUGUUUAAACUGGUGCUGUGUGUACAUGGGAUGUACUAAGAUAAUGCAGACUUUUUCUUGCUAGUUAAAACUAAUGAGUCAAUAAUUUAAAAGUGACUGUCACUACUGUUUGUUACUGUGGACUAAGUGAACCUCAUGAAAAGGUUGGCUGGAAUUUGUACCUUUAUAGUUUCUAACGCAUUUUCCACGGUGCUACAAAUAGUCCAGCCCACUGGGGCUGGUGGAUAUUAAAACUGGGUAUUCAGAAAUACCUAUUACAUUCAAUCCUGAUCACUCAUGAAUAUUCUGACUUGAUGCAUACCCAAGGAGCAUGCUGGUUUUGCAGUAUGAAAUGUCUGUGCGGUGUUUUUAUUCCACAGAGGUUAAGUAGUCUGCAGAGAAGCAGUUUCUUGUGAAUCUUAACAUGCCUUUUAGCUGUGGCAAUGAUGGAUUUUAUUUUCCUUACGUCUAGUCGAGCUGUGUACAGUCAUGUUAUUUAAAAGGUGUACUGCACUGCUGUUUACAUGGACAUUUUGUGCGGGUGCUUUGAAGUGCCUGGCAUCAGGGAUUAGGACCAGUUGAAUUAUUUUUUUCCAUGGGACUAUGUAAAGCAUGUAACUAGGUAUUGCUUUGGUAUAUAACUGUUGUAGCUUUCCCAUAGAUUUCCUUGAGUAGAGAAAUACCUUUAAAUUAUGUCACUCUGGAGAAUGGGUGUGAGGGUCUUCCGAAACAGCUCAGCGUUUUUCAUUGACCAUGGCAAAUGAGUCAUACGUGUUGAUAUAUCCUGCACAUGACAGGAUGGCGUUUUCUCCAUUAUAAUACUGGGAUUUUAAAUUCAUAUGAAAGUCUGUGUGGUUUUUACAAUAAACAUUAAGAAUGGCUAUGCUUAA